UACACAGGAGUUUUGGUGAUAUAUGUUUCGGAAAUUAUGCCGUUGUUAUGCUUAUUUAUUAUUUAAAAUGUUUAAGCCAUUGUAUAUAUUUGGUACGGUCACAUAAAAUGUGCUAAUUUCGAGCAUGUAGUAUUUCGGAACGUUGUGGCUUUAGCACCCGUUUCUGCGGGGUUUAUUACUUGAAUGCAACUUUGGUGUGCGAGAACUCAUCCGAUCAGGAAGGGUGUGUAAGAGAUGGAGACGUCUUGUAAAAGACCAAAGAUUAUGGCGAGUUGUUGAUCUAACUGCAUGGAAAGGGGUAAGAAUGGUGUCCAUUAUUGCAUGUUGAUCUUACCAUUUCAAUAUUUGUCAUGAAAAGAUUUCUGAGGCUACCAUGUCUGUCUAAAGACGUCAGCCAUUUUGUGAUAUAGCCAUGUUUAUCAGGUUCUACAUUCAAUGAUAUUUCAGAAGACUUGAUUUUAUUAUUGAUAGCUACUUGUUUGAGACCUCUCUCAUUCUGCGACAAAAUGCAAUGUUGAUACUUGCAUUGCAGGCUUACUUCCAGUGUUGGGGGACGUUACUCUGAAAAUGUGUAUAAUUUACAAAAUUACCAAUUACUUAACACUAGAAGAAGUUAACCUACACUAAAGCUACGCUUAUUAAGACAAAUAUGGUUUACUUAACUAAAGUUACUUUGAAAAAGUAGUUCACUACAUCCAAACUAUUUUGUGAAAUUGUAUAGUUUUAAGUGUCAGGCUACAAAUUGCAAGAAUGAUGACUUUGGGGUCAUAUGUUAACAUAAUGUGUAAUGUAGCUUAUUAAACACAAACUGUUUCAAGUGAGAAUUAGGAAGGUUGAAUCCCGAAAAUGAAAGGAAAUUAUUGCCUACUAAAAACACACUUAAUUCUUUGCAAGAAACAGUGUAGUUCUAGUAGUUAGCGAUAUGGUAAUGAACUACUGAAAACACUACCUGGUUUGAAUUUAGUUCAACUACCACCAACCUACUGAAAAAUGUAGGUAAAUUACUAGUUGAACUACAUGUAGUUCACUACUCCCCAGCACAGCCUAUUUCCUACCUGUUGACUAGCUAACUCUAAAGAACUUUCAAGUCAUCGCUCAAACACUGAUGCAUUGUUUCCUCCCCAUCUCUCCCUCAUUGGAUGUUUUCAUUCUUCAACUGCUCAUCCUGCCCUUGGUGUCCAUUUUGGGUCAGGUGACAUCGCGCAUGCUGUGGGUUCUUCUACGCCAGUAUCUGGGCACUGGGCUCCGAUGCCUGCGGCUGCGUGGCUUGCUGCUCUCUGCUAGAGGUGGGGCCUUUCUCUCAGAGUCCUGGCUCAAGGCUUUGUCCUCCAGGUGUCCCCGUCUGCGUAGUCUUUCCCUGCUGCACGCAGACCUGAGAGGCUUGCACAGUUGCCAGCUCCUGCCCACAACACUGCAGGUCCUAGAGUUGCGUGGCUGCGAGCUACCACAGGGCUUUUUCACCCAGACCCCACUCAGUCCUGAGAAACAAGCUGGAAUGGCAUCAACCGCUGCUACUCAGCAACAGGGACGUGUUCAAGCUGGGAAAGUGCCUGCCUCCACAUUAGGGAUUGCCAUUGAGACGAUGGUCCUUGACAACGUGCCCUCCUUCACAGACCAGCACCUGCAGAGUCUGGCGUCUUGGUUAAGGCUUAGCCGCCUAGAGCUCCGCAACGUCCUUCGUGUCACAGCGGAAGGCCUUAGGCGCAGUGCCGCCCAAGAAACCGACUCGGGCUUAAACGGGCUCUCCAGGCUCAAGUACCUGGAAAUAGGGCACUUUGGGCGGCCGGGCGCCCAGCUGCAAAUGGCCUCCCUGGGGCUCGGAGUGGGCUGGCUGGGCCUAGAGGAACUAAGCCUUGGCGGUAAGGAGGUGGGACCAGGCCUGCUGUCCGCCAGCCGUCUGAGGGACCUGAAGCGCUUGCGCCUGAGAUGCUGCAAGCUGAGAGAGAUGCAGGUGCUACGUAGCUGCAGGACACUGCGGGACCUGCGCAGGUUGGAGUUCUGCGAGGUGUUCUUCCAGGUUUGCCCAAAGACACCAGAGAGAGAGGGGGAGGUGGAGAGGCAGGGAGAGGGUGAGGAGGGGAGGGAGGGUGGCACAGAUAGUGGUGAUGAUAAACUGGAGGAGAAUGACCCCGUGCCAAGUCUGCGCCGCUCACUUGCUGCUCUGCUGCCACAAUGUGCACUGGUGUUCACCAACUGCACCGUUACAAUAACCUCAGACUAGAUUACAUACUGGAUAUGUUACACAUUUGGUCCCUUAUUCUACUGUUGUAAAACAUUCCUCUCAAUUCAGCCUGUUGCAAACUCAUGCUUUACCUUCAUUCACAUGUGUAAAAAAAAAUAGAUUAAAAAAAAUAGAAAGCUGCAACAAUUUUAAACUCGCUUACAGCUAUGCUAUUGAACAAAGGGACAGUUCCUGUGACGCCCAUUAAACCAUUAUGAGAGGAAGUGCCUGUUUCCCGUAUUCCCAUCAACAAUGGAGAAGUGGUGGUUCCUCUUUUAGUCUAAAUGUGGUUAAACUUAAAAGCUUGUUUUAAUUGUACACCAGAGAAGCAUCGCAGUGACCAAUAAAUGAUGACUUCAAUCAUGUACUGUAACGGACCUGCUACAGCCAUCGGAUGUUCAGCACUGCCAUCAGCCAUUGGAUGUCCAGCACUGCCAUCAGCCAUUGAGGGAAUUCUUCCUUUGAAAACAUUGAAAGCUGCUGUACUGCUUGCGUUGCGUCUAAUGGCAAGCUCAAUAAUUGCAGAGGUUCCGUUCUCGGCGGCUGAUGUGUGCAUUCAUUCUAUCUUGUGAAUGGAAAUAUUGAGGGAAGUAGAUUUUGGUUGGUUUCUGUGUAGCAGGUAGGACGUCACAUUGAAGGCGAAAUAUAUUGGAACUCUGGGGGGGGGGGUUAAAUAACAGCUUGGACAGUUAUCAGUCCGUUGCUGGUAUUAUGCAAUUUCCAAUCUAUUGCAGUUAAAAUUUGCUGUAGCUCACUGUUUUGCUAACUGGAAAAAUACACUUAUCCCCACUUGAGUUGUGUGAUUCUCCAAAGCAGUAUGUUAUCUGUAUUAAUUACGAGAAAGUAGAAAUGAAAACUGUUAUAAGCUUUUUCCAUCAAGAAACUGUGGUAAAUAAAAAUGGCACAAUGUAUUUUAUGUGCGUGGGAAAUGAUUAUCUAUGAAUAAUGUUUCAGGGUUGAACUCCUAUAUAUGCUUUGUAAAUAAUUCAAAACAAACGAAAGGACAUUGGGAUACCAUGAUAUGUCGGGGAGGGGGGAGUCAAUGUUCUUUCAUGAUGAAAUUAUAAACUGUGCAAGUAGUUCAGCAUGCACAAGAGAUGGAAGACCAUUUAAAACCGUUUUAAUCCUCAAAUGUGACACACAGCCAUAAGACAACAGCCUAACCUAAUAAUGCAACACAACUGUGUCUACACCUGCAUUGCUUGGGGUUUUAGGCUGGGUUUCUGUACAGCACUUUGAUAUAUCAGCUGAUUUAAGAAGGGCUAUAUAAAUACAUUUGACUUGAAAACAUUCUAGUAUAUUUCAGCCAAUAACACAUCAGUAGGCCUGCAGUCAUAGUGAAUGGUAGUGAAAUGCAUUACUGAACGUGAGCGUAAGUGUCUAAUGGACUAUUCUCAUUGUAAGCGGUAAUUUUGCAGUAGCACGUUGACUUUGAGAAGGUGAAAGAGGAGACUUAAGUUCCAGGAUUUGGUAUAAGUUUUAAUACAGAACUUUGGGGUACAUGUGAAAAUGCAAAUGCUGAUAGUGACAGGCUGAAAGAGCCAUGAGAUGUGGCCAAUAGCAUGGCUAAAAGGCUCAUUGUUGUUCUGAGAAUAAUAAUUUACAGUUGGCUCAAAAGUAUUGUGAGCGUGACACAUUUUUUUGGGUUGUUUUGGCUCGGUACUUUAGAACUUUGGAUUUGAAAUGAUACAAUGACUGAAGUUAGUGCAGGUUGUCCAUUUUAAUAUGAGAGUAUUUUCAUGCAUAUCGGGUGAACUGUUUAUAAGUUACAGCACUUUACCUAUUCCCUUCAUUUUAAGGGACCAAAAGUAUUGGGACACAUUAACUUUGUAUUAAAGUAGUAAAAAGUUAAGUAUUUGGUCUCAUAUUCCUAGCACACAAUGGCUACGUCAAGCCAAAUGUUUGUUUUGGUUGUGUUGUAAAUUAUUUUGUGCCCAAUAGAACGGGUAAAUAAUAUUGUCAUUUUGGAGUCUCUUAUUGUAAAUAAGAAUAGGAUAUUAUAAACACUUCUACAUUAAUGUGGAUGCUACCAUGAUUACAGAUAUUCCUGAAUAAAUCAUGAAUAAUGAUCCGUAUGAAAGUGAGAUGCACAAAUAUCCUACCCCCUCAAAAAAAUGCUAAAGUCUCCUUUUAUUGUAGGUGAGAGGUUAGCAUGUGUUGGGGGUAUGGUAUUUGUGGGUCUAACUUUCUCACUCCAUUAUUCGGGAUAAGGAUGAAAAUACCCUAAAUGUAAAGCUGAUAGUCUGUACUUUAACCUCAGUCAUUGUUUUAUUUAAAAUCCAAAGUGAUGGAGUACAGAGCCAAAACAAAACAACUUUCACUCUCCCAAUACUUUUGGAGCUGACUGUAUAUAGUCAUUCUUAAUGACAUAAACAUGCAUCAUUACAGACAGUGUUUGGUAUGAAACUGCUACAACAUUCAGUGAACAGAGACAUUUGCUACUCUGUCAUGGUUUCUGGUACAGAGUGUUUUAUUUUAAUUUGAUUUAACUUGGCAUGUCGGUUAAGAAUAAAUUCUUAUUUACAAUGACGACAUACCCACGAUGCUGGGCCAAUUGUGCGCCGCCCUAUGGUACUCUCAAUCAUGGCCGCAUCUGAUUCAGCCUGGAUUCGAACCAGGGACUGUAGUGACACCUCUUCCACUGAGAUAGUGCCUUAGACUGCUGCGCCAAUCGGGAGCAAAGAGUACAUGAUGGUCAGUAGUUUGAACUAGUUCAAGAUUGGAAGACGGGAUGUACUUUGGGUGGGAAAGAGUAGGUCUUCUCAAGACUGAAGAUGACUGUUUAGAGAAGACAUUCUACUGUUGUGGCGGAACAAGUGAGCGUGCUUUUUUAGAUAACCUUGCUGGUAUUUGUGGAUCUAGGUCGCACCUCAGGGAAUCACUUCUAUCCUCACAUAAUAUUUGUUCUCAGAUACGGUAUGUGUGUGCAUUCUGUAAUAGCCUUUAUCGCUGUGUAAAAAUGGCCUGUUUCAGCGUGUGUAAAUGUACAGUAAGUCAGAAUAUCUUUCAUGAUAAGUAGAAGCUCAGUAUUGACAAGUCAUGAUAAAAACUGAGCUUGACCAGUCUUGAUUAGUGGGCUCUGGAAGAUCAUGGGUCUGUACACAUUCUAAUAGCCCCUAACACCUUGUCUAUUAUCUUCAUAGUACACACCCCAGUUCAGCUCAGCAGGCAAUCUACUCCAAACAUUUAUUUAGUAGGCCUACAACCUAGCUCAUACAUUUUUCAAACGGGUAGUAAUAGGUGAACGAUUCAGAGGUCUAUUUCUUGCGUUAGAAAACACUAUUAGUUUAGUUUUCUCGGUAUUGAGGAUAAGCUUCAAUUGACACAAGGUAUGUUGAACAGUAUAAAAAGCAGUUUACAUGUUCUGGAAAGCUUUUGUAAGAGACGAGGCACAACAGUAAAUAACAGUAUCAUCAGCAUAAAAAUGAAGUUGUGCAUUUUGGACAUUUUUGUCUAAAUCAUUUAUAUAAUUAGUGAAUAAGAGAGGACCAAGUACAGAGCCUUGGGGCACACUAUUCAAUACAGACAAUUUAACAGACAUAAGCCCAUCAAAUUGAGUGCACUGAGUUCUAUCAGACAGAUAGUUAGCAAACCAUGUAACUGCAUGCUCCGAAAGACCUACACUCAACAAUCUCUACCUUAGUAUAGCAUGAUCAACUGUAUCAAAAGCCUUAGCGAUCAAUAAAAAGUGAGACACAGUGCUGUUUUUUGUCAAUGGCUUCAGUGAUAUCAUUUAAAACCUUUAUGGCUGCUGUAAUUGUGCAAUGCUUCUUCCUGAAGCCCGAUUGGUACAUUGAUAAAAUAUAGUUAGUAAAUAAAAACUAUUUUAGCUGUUCACUUACAAGGGUUUCAAGUAUUUUCACCAGGGGUGACAGCUUUGAGAUUGGCCUAUAAAUAUUUAAAAGAGUUGGAUCUCCCCCUUUUAGAAGUGGUAGGACAAAUGCUGAUUUCCAGAUCUUUGGAAUUUCAUUACAUUCCAGGUUUAGAUUGAACAGAGAUGUAAGUGGUUCAGCUAUGAAAUCAGCUGCCAGAUUUAAAAAGCAGGGAUCCAAAAGAUCAUGACCUGCAGGCUUUCUCUGAUCUAAUGAUUUCAGGGCUUUAUGUACCACCUGCACUGAGAAUGGCAAAAAGCUAAAAGUUUGACCAGUUCUCACUGGUUCAUCCACACAGGGUUGUACAGAGACAGAGAACACUGAAUCAAACAGCCUACCAGAUGAUACAAAGUGCUCAUUGAAACAAUUCAGCAUUUCAGUUUUGUCAUAUAUAGCAACAGAUUCAUUCAAAACACAUGAUGGUAAUUCAUUAACAUUACUGUUACCAGACAUAGACUUAAUAGCCUUCCAAAACUUUCUAGGGUCUUUCAGGUUAUCAGUGGUAACAUACAUAAAAUAUUCAGACUUGGCCUUCCUGAGAAGAAAAGAACACUUGUUUCGUAACUGUCUAAAAAUAAGCCAAUCAGCAUCAGAACAUGAUUUCCUUGCUUUAGCCCAGGCUAGAUUACGGUCGUGAAUAAUACAAGACAGCUCAGAAGAAAACCAUGAAUUAUCCCGCCCUUUAACCCUGAAUCUGCGGAAUGGGGAAUGUUUGUUUACUAUUUGGGAAAAACCAUCAUGAAAUAAUUUCCAGGCAGUUUCCACAUCAGGGAUAAGCUCAAUCUUGCUCCAGUCAAAAUAAAAUAAAUAAUGAAAGAAAGCCUGCUCAUUAAAACACUUCAGAUUUCUCUUACGAAUAAAACAUGGGUUUGUCUUUGGAACCUUAGUAUUUCUAACAGCAACAACAGCACAAUGGUCACUUAAAUCAUUACAAAAAACACCAACCGCAGAAUAUUUAUGUGGAACAUUUGUCAAUAUUAAAUCAAUGAGGGUAGAUUUAUCUGGGCAUUUAAGAUUUGGGCGAGUGGGUGAGUUAAUCAACUGGGUAAUAUUCAUAGAAUUACAAAACAUUUUUAAAUCAUCAGACACCGGCUUUAACCAACACCAGUUGAGAUCACCAAUCAAGAUCAUGAGUGUUUAUUUAACCAGAUAGUGCAUAUGUCCCUUUGAAGCUGUCAUGAUGAUUGAUAUGUAGGGACCUCGUUGAACUGGGUGAUGUGUUUGAACAUUUCAAAGAGUAUGGACCCCACCCUGUUGUAGUGACCUUAGGGCUGUUGUCUAUGAAACAGGAAUGUCCUGGGUUAUUGGGGGGCAGCCACAUUAUAAAUAAACCCCAGAACACCAAACAAGAAAUUAAAAUAAACCCCGAACACUAAAAAACUAUUUAAACAUGUCUCCUAGGCCAAUUGUAGGUGUACUUUGUGCCUCGAGUCAAGAACACAAUGACAAAAACAUAGAGGACAUUCUGUGUGAGGCCCCUGAAUGUUUUAAUGGAGUGCUGGAUAUGAGUGAUGGUCAUAUGGAUUACAUUUUCCAUCCGGAGGAUUCAACUGUGAAGAUUUUCACAGACCGCUGCCACAGCCCCCUUUAUCAAACAAAACCCGGGUGUUUUUCUCCUGCGCUGCGUUUGAGAGAAUGGCUUAAGAGGCAAGGUCUAGAUUUUAGACAACUAACUUCACAUUUCAUCUUUACCAAAACAUUCUCUUUGAUUUGGACAUUUUCCAUACUACGUACAAUGUAUAAACAUCAAACAUAUACUAGAAAAACUCUUCACGUUACAAUGUUUUCGUAAUAACGUCAUCUAUUAACCUUUAAUAACAAAACAAAAAUGACAUACAUUUUCAUAUUCCAUCUAUUGUCAUGACCACCAUUGUGGCUGACGGAAACCAUUGUUCCAAAGUCCCUUUAUUUCAUGUUUAAUGUUCUGAGGCUGGUUCUCCAUAGUAACAGGACAAAAGGAAUUUGUCUGAGGCCUAAGAGUUACCAUGGGCGUGAGGGGUCAUAAAACCCCCACAUCUUCAGACCCCUAGAUCUCUCCUCCUCUGUUGGGGUUGAGAGAUUCAUCUGUAGAAUUGUGGUCUCCUGUAACCUGACCUGAUCAGGACAGUCAUGACACCACGAAGACCUGUCUUUGGGCAUUCACUUCAAAGAUUGAAUCAGAGCAUGCAUAAACAAUCAUGCUAACUGUACAGGCUAAAGGUGUGCGGAAACACAUUUCCAGCCUGAGGUUACCUUGGGACACCACAGACAGAUUUCCUGAGGUGUCAUCAUCAGGUGAUAAAUUGAAAGCAUACAAUGUGUAAUGCCUCCUAGUAGCCAGGAAUAGAUUGUAAAAUUCUCGCACAGAUAUGUUAUUAAAUUGCGGUUGGAAAGGCUUAGCAGGGACCUGACAUCCAUCCUGACAGAGAGCUACAUACUCUGCAUUGAAGUGUUGAAAAUGAAUUUUUAUGUAAGCUGCCCAUAUAAGAGGUGUGAUCAACCAAACCUAUAACCAUGUAGCGGUGUAAAGGGCCUAGAAAAAGGUUUUCUUGACUGCAGAUUCUACUGCCCACAGGUAUGCUAAAGGUUUUCAUGGUAAUUCUUUGGAGAGGGUAAAGGACAUUGCCUUUCAUCAAAGCAUGUGAGUGACCCAGACUAACUGCUGGAGAUAGAUACUU